UCACCUUUUUCAGAACAUCCUAGGAUUGUAGAGAACCUACCUGAAAUGGAGCCCAUUGAGUCACCUCCUGCUGCAGUAGAACCUGUAAACAAAACCUUACCUGAUAUUGAAUUCCCUCCAGCUGUCAUACACCCUGUAAAGGAGACAUUACAUGAUAUCAGACUAACAGACUCAACAGAUAAUAAAACAGAUAAUGAAGAGGAAAGUCACUUACCUGUGAUGAAUUCUGUUGAAGCUGACACUGAUGGAGUUGACUCUGGUCGAGACGGAGACACCAUUGGAGUGGAGAACUGCGGAAGAAAAUGCACUAAAAAGACUGAGCUUCCAGAGUUGUCAGAACCUGUGAAUGAAAGAGUGCUGGAGUGUCCAAGCCUAUCAGACCCUGUGAGUGAGGAAGUGCAGUCAAUUGCUCAAAGCCCAUCUGCCCAAGAUGUUUCUAGUGACCAACCAGUCAUGGACGGUGACCUAGGAGCCAUUGGCCCUAGACGCUCUAAAAGGCACUGCGGACCCCCUAACAAAUUCCAGUAUCAUAAACUAGGAAAUCCAUUAACACUGGUUAUCCAGUCAUUACUGCAAGGCUUGAGUUCAGCACUUACAACUACCUUGGAAGAAUCCACGUUUGUCAGUGAUCAGUCUGUAAACAUGCCUGGUGCUUUUCCCUCAGUGGUGACAAGUCAACCCCUAGCAUGCCCGAGGACGUGCCUGAAUUCAGUGGGGGAAAGUGUAACCCAGGUUACUAGUGGCUAGUAGUGGUUUGUGACUGAGAAAGAAAAUAUUAUAAUAACAAUAAUAAACGGUUGAAAUGAAUCAACUCUAUAUAAAACAAUAUAUUGAACUAAGUAUAAAGAGGCUGAAACCAUAAAUGAUGAUGUAAUUAACUUUACUAAUUACAUAAAAUUGUGUACAUAAAAUAUAUAUAUGAAUAAAAUAUUGAAGGUUUCAAAGUUCUCCAAUAGUAUUCUCAUAUUAUGGAGUAGCCAAUGAGAUCGCGCCUGACGUCACUAAAUCUCCGCCAUCGCGCGAUAAUUAUAUCCUGCUCAUUCGAGAUCUUUCUCUUUCCUCUCCAACCUCUGAUGCAAACAGACGUUUCUCGCUAUCCCGGGAGAUUCAGUGCUUUGAAGUCGAAGAAAAGUAAUGUUCAGAGAGAAGCAGAUUGUGUGAAGAGUGACAUUUUGGAACGCGUAUGCUCUGGAAAUUUCCUGUUUCGCCGAUGUACAUGUGAUGAAUGAGUUCCUUGGUGAGUUUAGGCCCUUCUUUAUUUUCAAUUCAGUACAUUACAAAGUUACAUUGAGUGUUUCAUCAAAUGAUUGUUAUUGGUGUAAUAUUGAUGGCGAUUAUAGCCUUAAGUGUAAAUGUUAAGCAGAAAAGACGCUGUAUAUAUGUUAUAUGAAAUGUUAAGGUGCAGUUUGUGUGUUAACUGAAACGCAAGUGCACAAGGGUUAAACGAAGGCCCUUAAUGGUAAGAGAAAUAAUUGCACAAAGAGAAAUUGUUAUACAAAUUGAUGUAACAAGAUACAAGGAUAUUAUUUGAUGUUUUAUUUGAAAUUGAGUUAGAACUAAGUAAUGUAUGCUUUAUAGCAUCAGUUAUUAAUUGUUCUUUUGGCCUUGUGUGUUCAAGGCCAGGUUUUUUUUCCUUCCUGUGAUAUCUGUUUGAGUUUUGUGGAGCCAGCCGAUGAAUGUUGCCUGAUCUGGAUGUGGGUUGAUCAGGGCGUGAAUCCUUCUCAUUCGUGAAUCGUCUCAACUCCUUCCUGCACUUUCUAUAUGCACCUUGGUGGAGUUGGACUGGCGGGCCACCUGUAGAGUGAAUCCUUAACUUCUUGUGAACUUAACCGUGUGGUUGUCGAACGGUAGGACGGAAAUUACACAACAGCUUGUUUUUUUUAUUCGUCCUAAUCCUGGAUCAACUGCACAGACUGAAUUACACCACAUUUAAGGAACUUUUCUUCCGGGAACUGAAUUGAAUUCAUGGACUGAUUUUUAUUUUAUAUUUUUAUUUUUCCAUUUUGAGUUUUUUUUUUAUUCAUAGUGAAUGAACCCUGUGGUUACUGGUUAUACAGUUCAAUAACUGAAAUUUUAUGUUAAACUGAUUGGAUGUUAAUGUUUAAAGAGUGAAAACUAAAUGGGGUUAAAUUCAAGAACCAGUAAUUCAGACAGAAAGGACAGUGAAGUUCAUUUUAUUUAGUUUUAAUUUAUACACAGACAGAUUGCAUUUGGCUUGAUUGAAUUCUGGGCUAAAAAUUAAUUUCAUAAAGUGAAACAACCAUCAAAUUCCUGGAAGAGAAAGGAAAGAGUACAAAUUAGUAACGUGAAUAUUCUUACAUCACUGCAAUUAAAUGAAAUCAACUGUUUCUUAUGUUCAAUACAGUUAAAUCUUGCUCUUACCACAAAA